AUGAAGACUACUCUUGUCACCUUACUGGCUACUGUCCUGUGUGUGGAGCAAGCUUAUCCAUUUAUGUGCUAUGUGUGCCAAGAACAAGAGUCCAACAAGAACUGUUUGUCCAUUUCCAUGUGUGCAAAGGAAGACAAAUACUGCGUGACUGUCCGUAACAACAUUGGAACAAAGCCCAACCAGCCUAAAUAUGUCAUCUCUAAGAUGUGUUCUCCAACGUGUCCUGCAUCAAGUCAUCAACAAAACCAAACCUAUCAGAGGGUUUCUUGCUGUGAGAAACCAUUAUGCAAUGUGAAUGGAGUCAGUAGCAAGCAAAGCAGCUAUGGAGCGAUAUCCCUGGGUGUACUAGCCAGUAUCACUUACAUCUUUGCAUGUGGACUGUGAUGGGUUAGCAAAAGCUCCCUGUGAUGGCAUUGCCGGCUGAAAUAAAAGUCUGUUCCUCUGGGUUAAUUACUGCUCUCAAAGAGUCAUGCUUUGCAGUUGAGCUUCCCCUGGGAUUUUUGAGAACAUCUAAAUAAGUUAGGUGCUGAACUCCCAUUGAUUUCCUAAGCCUACUUGAAUCCUAAAUGUCCCCAGACAUCCAAGUCACCUAAGAAAACACAUAAAAGGCAGCCCUUUUGACAUGCUCAGGCUUCAAAUCCUUACAGCUCUGAAGAGAUCCUUGAAGAUAUAUUUUUGUCUCUUUGAGUUUCAAAGCACUUUGAGGAAUAACAACCCACCCUGCCUGAAACACAGGUAAAACUCAAUAGUUGUGUCAGCACAGAGGGGAUGUUCAGUAUCUUCUCUUUGCAAUUAAGUUGGUUAUCACGCAUCAGUCAAGCAGUUUGUAAACAAGUAAGCAGAGGUAAAGCUUAU